AUGUCUGCCAGAGGGGCGCUCGGCCGCGUCCUGGGAACUACAAGUCCCAGCGGCCCGUGCGGGCCCGACCCUGUUCCCGUGGUGGGGGUGGGGAGGGACGCAGAUUUGUCCCUCCGAGCGUGGCUCCAUCCGGAGGACGUGCUGGGGACUCUCACAGGGCAGAGUCUGGGGCAGUUCGGCAUCCCCGCGGGUGCACAGGGCACCGUUGCUCAGUCCGGGCACCGGUCGCGGGACCGGGAGAAGGCACCUGCGCCCCGCGCGCUCCCAACCUGCGCCCCGCACGGCAGAAGAUGGUGCUCGGCCCUCUGCCCCUCCGCCCCUCCCCCGGUCGUUCCAGCGUGCGCGCCGCGUACGCCCCGGCGUCCUGCGCGUCUGCGCCGGCGGCAGCCUGAGAGCGCGCUCCUGGACGGCUGGAACCCGGCCUGUCGCGUCCCGCGUCGGGGAGCGGCGUCCCGGGCAGGUGAGGAGUACAGAAGAGGAAACCAUCAUCUAGUCCCGGAGUGGCUCUCAGCAGAGGGCCUGUGCUGCUGCUGCUGCGUCCCCCUCCCUGGCUGGAGGCCCAGAGACCCAGUCCCGUGGGAGACCUGCCAUCACGCACACCUCAGACACCCCGCAGCUGCCUUCAGGGGAGAGCCCACCUGCGCCAGCCCCCAGAGGCUGGGAGAGGUGUCCCAGCACAGCCCCGCUGGAAGAAGCCUGAGGAAGCAAGCAACACCAUCAGGGAAUGUGGGAACUUUCCAGGGAUGGACUCCAAGGAAAUGGAGAACUCGAAGUUCCUGGAGAAGGAAUGUAAAGUGAUGACAUCUCAGGGAGCUCCCAGCUCCCAAGAGCACACAUGCUGGCAAGUCUGUGAGUUCGGGGAAGCAGGCGUGGGGAAGACACAUUCGGCACGAAGCAGGACCCCCGACCCGACAGCCCGGCCUCUGUUCGCCAGAGCCCUGGGGCUUGGGCCCCUGUCCCUCCUGCCCAGUGCCUGCAGACAGGUGGAGCCCCAAGGUGGACCGGUCCCUGUUACAGUGACCGUGUUGUGGGGGUGGGUGUGCUGCUCUGGCUGUAGCUGUGUGAGGGUGGAGGGCUCGCAGUAUGGAUGGGGCAAAGGGAGCGGACAGGGCGGUGGACACCAGAG